GUCACGCUGAACCUCAGUCGAUGUAAAUUUUACUUGCUGCAGGCGGGGAACGUUCCGGAAACAUUUUCACUUUCUUUCCUGUUUCUGUUGAAAACAUUUAUACAUGCAAAUAAAAGAAUUUACCCUUGACGCAGACAUCUGACGUAAUAACGGAGGCCUCGGAGGGUUAUUGAAAGUCGAGUGGCUGUCAGAAGCCGAGAAUAAGCACAAAUACAAAAGGAUGUCAUGCCUGAGCUAUUAUAAGGAACGAACAAACGACGAUCGAUGGAGGUUUAUAACUUUAACGUUGUUUGCGGCAUUUUCUUUUUGAUUCAUAACUUUAUUUUACUAGGUAAGUACGGAAAAACUAAGUGAUACCUUUGUUUACGUGUCUUUACCAUAUCUGGAGAAAAUGAUAUACAACUCCAUCGGGUUAAAACUUGUUGUUUAAACCUCCGUUACAGUGGUGAUUAGUUGAAACGGCGGCCGACGUAAUCGAAUGUCAUUUUAUUCGGAAAUUUAGAUGCCUUGUUGAUUCAUUUUUGUCUUAUUUCAGAUGGAUUUCAGUGGUCGCUUCGACAACAAGAAAGCGAUGUAAUAGAUGUAGCUGUUGGGUCAGAUAUAACGCUACCUUGCGAAUAUAUUCUCACUCCAGAAGAGCAGCAGGAAGCCGAUGUAUUCCAUUUGAUAACAUGGACGCGAGAAGAGCCCAUGAACAGCAAAAACUGGACUGGUUUGGCCGCAAAAUCGAAAUUGACUGGUAGCAAAAUUAUACAUGAUGAUCCCGGACGCAUUUCAUUCACUGAGGGCAGCUUGACUUUGAAGAAUAUAAACGUUAAGGAUCACACGUUUUAUCAGUGUGCUUUCUACAGCAGUUUCUUCACAACUCCAAGCACGAUUGAACUGAAUGUUCAAUGUGAGUAUAUUUACUCAGUAUAUGUUAUAGAAGUAAGAUAAUCAUCAACAGAAAACCACACUAAAUCUCAGAAACGUGAGCGUAAAGAACAUUCUGCAAAAUUUUUAUCCGCAAACAAAGCAUCAGUGAAAUGUCGUAGUCAUGGUCCAACAUUUCCAAAUAUUUCACGCGCGAUCGAACACAGACUUGAUACAACCACAUCUCCUUGCGUGAAUAACAUUAUCUAAGUUAAAGAAAGGAAAAGUCGCCUACCUGUGCAUAGUUUCAAGCAAUGCGUAUUCAAAGAUCACCAGUUCACGAUUUCUUGGUCAUUGAGUCCCGAUACUAAAUUAUCACAUUGUUAUUCAGAAAAUGUAUUUUCCCAAGCGAGAUCGUGUUGACUUUAAAAACCACAUGUUGUUUAUGUUACCCUUGGAGAGAAAAAUUAUUAAAAUCACUCCGUUGAGAAAUACUAUUGCCUGCCAGUUACAAACCACAAGACUAAUCCUGCGCUGUAAGCCCCUAAUAAAUGUGUCGAAAAUUGUCAUAUCAAAAUCACGGCUGUCAAAACAUUAUUGUUCAGUGAUAUCUUGUCAAAGUGACGAAAUCCUGAACGGCUGAAAGAUAAACAAAAUUCGCUCCAGUGCGAACCGGGCCUAGACGUACCGUACGCGAAUUGAUGUUCGCUCGUACCUAAAUUAUUAACCAUUUUCACCUUAGUGUUCCAUAUUUUUGGAGCAUAUGAUAUUUUUCAUUACGGAAAGAUGUUAGAGUUGAUGCUUAACCCGUAUUAAACAGACAGGAUUACUUUUUUAUGUUUUAUUUUAUUUCAUCUAUCUUAUCUCUCGUAUUUCGGUGGUUUUAAAAUGCUCUGUCGUCGGAAAAGCUGUUCCCCUGAAAAAAAUAAUAUAGCGUAGCUCAAAACCACAGGAUGAUAUUGUCUUCAAAAAAUAUGCGGAUUAAAGACAAGCUGCAACAACAAGAAUGGCUGGAUCUGUUUCUUCGAUAGUUUUCCGUUUUUCAGCUCCACAACCUGACAUAAUUAUCCAGUAUUUUAAAUGACCACAUGUAAACAUCACGGCACUUCUUGCAAACAAAACACGGAAGUUUUCCUUAUUUUUCAAAAUUUAUGGAAAUUUUCCUUUGAAAUUCGGAAAUAAAACGACUUUCGCAGGUGCUUUGCCCUAGGCAAAACUAAGAAAUCACUUUAUAACAAACUGUUUCCCUUUUUGAGAGUCGUGGCUCAAAUAGACCUUUAUUUUCAUCGGAGGCAAACUUUGUGAAAAUUUAAUCAAAUAUCUAUCAUAGUAAUUUCACCAUUUUAUGUUCUAAAUCAAAAUUUUAGUGCUCUCAAUUUUUUUUCCCGCCCUUUGUAGCCUGCGCGUAAAGACUGAGACACCUUUCCGGUCUUUUUUUCUCAACCAAAGUCGGGAAGGCCCCGCUAAGCCAUUUGUAAAUGCUUAAGUUCCGACAAUGCCUUACCCCUCCAGCGCACGGCGGCCGAUAAAUAACUUGUGAGACACUACUCAAGUGGAAGCCAUAUAAAAAGUACAAGAGACCGCUUCUUACGACCACCCAGCUUAGAUGUAAGCUAGCUAUUAGUAAAGACCAUCUAUUCGGCAUUAACAGAAGGGUCACUAUGAUCUCCAACCAGACGUCUCAUUUCGUUAAUCCAUCCAAGGACUACCUUGAAGCCUUGAUGCCUAACUUCUUCUAUAAGCCUUGUAAUCCGGAGAGAAUAGGAGAAAAAUAUGAUUUAAGCACCUCCUUUAGGUGCGUAAAAUAGGAGAGUAAGAGUAAGGAAUGCAUACUUCCACCCUCUUAUUUGAAGAAUUACACUUUAGUAUGACAUUUUCCCCCAAACCCGUCUUUAAUUUUAAGCAUAUUAUUAUCAUAGCGAGGAUUGCGAACUUAGCUGAGUUUCAGAGUAGCCGGCAAAGUCUACAAUUUACUUGAUAUUUUAAAAAAGCCGCAGAUAGAGGCAAAAUUACCAAUAAACGCCGCCCUCGAAUAAACGUCGCACCUAAUCAAAAGAAUGGGGCGUCUAUUCGAGGAUCAAUGCGAAAAAACUCGGGUACAACUUGGUUAUCUACAUACGAUUCUAUCUCAGCUCAGCAAAUUAAGAGAGAUUUUGGAACCUUUCAAGUACAUAAUAUUUAAAAACGAUUUACAGUAACUGUUGUCAGUGAUUUAAGAAAAGUUAUUUUGAGACAAACGCCGCCCUUGAAUAACGCCGCAUCGGAAACACUGAUAAUUUAAUAGACAUACUCUUGAUACUCUUAUAGUCCGUAUCAGGUUUGUUACGCAGGAAGGGUUCGUGUUGGGGACACUAAGAAACACUUCCUUAUCUGCCCUUACCUCCAAACUAGCCAAACAAACCGGUGCAUUUUCCUCACUUAACUGACUGAAAAAGACCAGCCGUAUAGGCUGUAGCCGCUCAUGGAGGCCGAAAAAAAUGAAAGCUUUUGCUUUGCUGCUGUUUGCCCUAAAUUUUUAACGUCACGGUGUGACUGAGCAAUGGUCAAAAAAUCACGUCUGUUGGGUGUUUCUUGGUGUUGCGGAAACUAUUAAUUGUUAGCUAUUGUUUUGUGGUGUGGGUGUUGUUCAGUGUCUUUUCAGUCUUUUGUAUUACCUAUACGUCAUUUGGUUAUUGCACCCGUCCGCAACAAUGUCUCUUCAUUUGCACUUUUACAGACAAACCAACAGAGACCCAACUUACCGCCCCCUCAAAAGAGGCUAAAGAAGGGGAACCAUUCAAGAUUACGUGUACAGCACGAGCCAAUCCUACGCCCGUAUACCAAUUUUAUCGUGAUGGAAAAUUAAUUCGAAGGACAAGUAAGGGAGUACUUUCGUUUCCUAGUAUCAAGACUGAAGAUGAAGGAACCUACCGCUGUGUGCCUACCAAUGAAGUAGGAGAAGGGCCCGAAGCUAUAGUCACUUUUACUGUAACAGUUAAAGGUAAGAAAAUGUACCAAUAUCACAUUUCGAAAUAGUCAUCUGCUUGACCCGUCCCCAGGUUUUGUGCGUAUGAUGCUUCGGCUCAGUUUUGGGAAUGUAACGAGUUUUUCACGAAUGAAUUUCUCCGCUUAAAAAAAAAUUGUUGGUGUACAAUCAAGCCUGUAGUUAAGAGCAAUUGACAAAGCUAAGAGUUGAUUUAAAAAAUGAAGAUGGGGCAGAUUGAAAUAUCCAUUGACCUCAAGUGUUUGUACCUCUUUGGCGCCAAAACUUAGACGCCAUCUACAGUGUAUCUAUCGCACUUAAAUAUGGUACAUCUCAACAAAGUGACCGUUUAAUAGAGGUAAAGAUGAUAAACAAUAUUGCGUUGGACCUCAGAAAUGUGAGUUCAACCGCUUAGUUGAGGUGACCGCUUAAAACGAGAGAUCAGAGAGAUGAUUUCCGGGAGUUUGGUAAGUGACCGCUUAAAACAGGCUCGCUACAUUGGACUCUAUCUAAAAUGCUCAAACGAAAUCAGAGGUGUAUCGUAUCUGCUUUUGAUUAGUACAGGUUAUCGGAGAGGUUUUGUGACCAAAGUUGUUACUUAAUUAGGUAACUAGAUAAAGCUCCUUUGAAGAGUUAGACGUACCUAAGGACAUUUCGUACGCUUUUCUCAGCAAAAUCUGUUUCCAAAGCUAUAAGCUACUUUCUUGCACUAGCAUAACUACCGAAGUUCAAUUUCUCUUUUAUCUCGUCCUUCCUUUUACUUCAAGAAACUUAAUAAGGUAAAUCUCGGUGGUGGUUGCGAUAUCUGAUUUCGAACAAGGAAGAAAUAAAAGAAUCCUUAAAACCGUAUUGGCUGCUCAUUGCCUUAAUAAAACCACUUGUAGUAACCCCUCCUAUUUAGCUUGGCGAGUAAGUGUCGCCGAUCACAGGUACCGUGUGUCUAAAAUUACCUAGUACGUUAAAUAAUGAGCCUUUUACAUGACCAUCGUUUGGAGGGUUCAUGUAAUGUUUUGUGAUAGUUUAAGGAAGCAAUUUUGUAGUGUUAAAAGUUGAGGUGCUGCUAACUUUGGAUAUGAGAAUGUGGCUGUAGACGCCUUUUGACAAAACGCAAAACACAGGAAGCUUACUCCGUGCCGUGAUACUAAAAACCAUUUAAACUGCGCAUUAAAAAUUAAUUGUACUGGCACCGUUCUCGAUUAUAUCUGAUAACGGUUAGGUCGAGAAAAAAAGGCGUAGACGAUUCCGUCAACUGCUGCCGCUGUUACUUAAACGUGGUACAAUAGAAAUAACUCUGACCACUAGCAAUUAUUGACGAUGCAAAAAAUCAUGUUAUCGAAGGUAGGUCUACUUAACGGAGUUGAGUUGUGCGUUUGUAGACCGCUCGUUCCCCGUGCUCUAUUUGUCUCUAGAAAUAUUUGGCCAAAAGCUCCGAAAUAACCUUGACCUCACCUUGUUUCACGCUUAAUUAUGUUUCCUUUAGUCUUUUUCCUCAUGCUGAAUAUUUCACAGCAGUUGGCGGAACACAUCCCACUACAUACCAUUUUUUUUAAAAAAAUACUAUCCUCUAAUCACUGCACAAUACCACUGUGAUUCUUUUUUUAAAGCCAAGUUUCCUUUGCGUUUUUCCUGGCGCACGCGUCUCGAAAGUUCAUCGUGUUAAAUUUGUGCUCAGUCAACUGUUUUAAAUGUGCUCUACAAAAAUGAUUUAUAUAUUGUUUUUCGGAAGCUGGAAGUAGUGACAACCUCACAAUCAUGUGGGUCUUGUAAAGUACCACUUAGUUGUUUCUCAAGACACCCAAAUAAUUCAAUGCAUGAAACAGUUUUAGCUCCUCAGCAAGUGCUAAAAUACAUAAGUGGUGACAAGGACUUUAGAUGGAAGUACUAUAGUGCAUUUGAAUAACAGAAAGGAAAAGUGCCGGUGAAAGCGGAAAAAGGGAUGGAGGGGUGUGUCAGGCUAACCCUGACGAUCGUCGAAAAAUUGCAAAAAGCUUCGUUAGUCUGUUGAGCUGCAUCAGGCAAGAAAAAACAUUCGAAUGACUAGAUUCGUUCCAGUCGACUCUUGCCAUCUAUGUAUUUGUGGGUUAUAGGAGUGUCUUAAUGAUAUAUCUGUUUGUUUUAUAGCUUACGAGUUAUUCCCUAAUUGGGCCUACGGAGCUGUUGGUGGAGGAGUCUUAUUAAUCAUAAUUGUUGCUAUAGUUGUUUCCAUUUGCUGUGCCAGGAAAGGCAAGAAAAAACCCGGUAAGACGGUUAAAACGGUUUUCGAACAUAAGUGUUAUUUACUUCAGAAACUUUGAAUUUGCUUAGAGAUGUGAGAAAUAAGAUGAGAACGGAACAAAAACACUAAAGCACUACUUAGUCGAAUGUUCGACGGUAACUAUACAAUGUAUUUUAAUUUAUAGACACAUGUAGGACUAUGUUAUGGCAGAGUCAUUUAUUAACUGUCCCUUAUCAAACGUUAGGAGUUAUCCACAUUUCAACUUUCACAGGCAUAGUUGUGGACAUAUAAAAUCUUUAUAGAGAUGCCUUCAUUUAUAGAAGGAAUAUCAAUUAAUAAAAACUAUUUUAAAAAAGUGUUAAAGAAAUAGUCGGAGCUUCGGGUAGCUAAGCUAACUAUGAUAUCAUUAGAAAAUACGGAAAAUUAUGUAUUUAGUGUCUAACUGCCAUUGUUAUCUUUUUUUCUUAUUACUGACAGACAACAGGAGAAAGACAUCACAACCUCAAAAUAAAACUCGGAAGUAAGUUAUUUUACAGCAGUUGGGAACUGAAUAUGGCUGACAAAAGUUGAAAAUCUAUUGAAGGCGGAUUUGCUUGUGUUUGUUUUUUUUGUUCAGGGCAAAAGGGCAGUAAAUGUUUAUUUAUCUUAGAAAAGAAACGUAAAACUUCCUUUCCAUAAGGACCCUAAAAUCUGCUUCGUGUUGAUACCUGCAAGAUGUGAUUAUUUUAUUGGUAAAGGCAUAAAAUGGAAUUGAUGUAAAUGUGUUUUUGUUUUGAAAACCUCGAACUAAAGAGGUUGUUCUCUUUUCUGUUAAUCAACAGGCCAAAAGAUGCAAGGGAGGCUCAUGUUGGCCCAGGGGCCUUUUACGUAGAUAAUGUGAAUGGAAAAACGGAGGUAUGUAUAUUUUCUCUGAAAGAAAACUAUGAGUCAGUGAGAAAGCUGAAAAGGCCUGAGACGUUCCCUGAAAAAAUGUGGUUGACGGAAAGAAAUCUGUUGCCUAGAUCCACGCAGCUGUGGUGUCCAUUUCUUAAGACACAACUAGAUAGCAGUCUUAGCCUUAUUAUUAGCCUUAUUAUUCCGGCUAAGGAAACGUCACUUAAAAAAAGAAUUCUCGCACAGAAGGCCGCGCACCAACCAACUGCAAUAAUCCUUCCUCUUCGCAGAGUCUUGAAAAGUCCUUGAAUGUUAGGGGAGUCCUUGAAAAGCUCUUGAAUUUUGAAUGUAAUUGGGUCGAAAGAAUACUUCUUUGCUGUUCUAAAAACUGGCAGGCAGAAUCUUUUUAAGCGCAAGCAGCUUUUUAAUAUUCUCGACGAGAUCAGUUCGGCGGGAGGACUUCUCGGCAAAUUGAAUUACACUUCAUUCUAUCCAACAAAUCUACCCACACCUCACCUGUUAGAUCAUUUCUGCCGAACAUUUUCUUCACACCCUACCCUUUCAUAGACAGUGUAAAAUUACAGUGGCUUCACAGUUUUUUAAAUGUCGCGGCCGAUGAUUUUGCUAAGCGUCGGUAAUCGCAACUUUUACAUGUUUUACGAACAAUAGACGGAAGCAAUUUCCUUAAAACGAUGAAAAUGACCACGAAGGGAGCAAAAAUGUUUGUAAUUGGCAACCCAAAAAUGCAAACCAAAGUGACUUCAUACUCACUUUUUUGCCAAGAAAGGCAGAAUAAAUGCUUAGUUCGGCAGGGACUUAAUAGACACGAAAAAAGCAAGAAUUAACUUGGUUGCGCUGAUCCCUAAUGUGUUCUUCAUUUUAACAGAUUCCUCGACUAAAUGAAGCCUUCAGUUUUGGUGACAUUAGAAUGAGCCGUGAGGUGGGUUGUACCUUAUUUAGGAGAAAUGUGAUAUGAAAACGACUUGGUGAACGUUUGUUUGUCUCCAAGCUGCAUCAUUUGGAAAUACACUGAAUUUCCUCCAGCCCCUCUCGCUGAGGCGGAUAGCCGCUAUUUUGCAAUGGCCUUGUUCUUUUAAAAUGUCCGCGCCUAUAAAAGUUAGAAUUAUUAAAUUUUCCACAUUAACUUUAAUUAGCUGAACAAAACAACAAAAGAAAUUCGCUGCACAAUGUUAUGACUGGGCAUACUAUAAAAUCAUCGAGUGGCAUUUUCUUAUUUUAUCUAGACCAAGUGUCCGAGAACCGUUAACAUAAUUUUACUCCUCCUUUGUUUUCACAGUUUCCUCAUCUUAACGGAGCCUUAAGUUUUAAUGACCUAAGAACGAGCCAUGGGGUAAGUAUAAAACAUAUUAAGGAAGCUUUGCAUUGUGCCGCUAAACAAACAUAUUCUCCUACAAACAGGCCGAGCUAGGUAUCUCCUUCCGGGCUACCAUUGGGAUUAGGCCAGGUUACGUUUGAGCGGGUGAAAUUCCCAACACGUUGUUCAAUUCGCUUAAACGAAGUCCUCGGUAUAAUGAACGAUAAUGUUUAUCAACCCUGUAAAAGUAUGAUAUGGGAAAAAACCUUAUAUUGUGCUUAAUUUGCCAGUCUCUUGGCCCUUUGUUACAUCGUGGAUCUACUGGAGAAAGCUGAUUUAAGGGUUCGACCGACCUUGAUCACUGGCUUUCUUUCCUUUCGUAAGUUAGUAAUGAUAUCAUUCUCCGUUGUAGAUUCUGCGAGUAUGCUAGGUCCGUUCAAUCACCCACAGUUGCUUUAACUGUCUGUAUUAGGUGUGUGUUGGUCUAUUUCGAACGUAAUUAAGGAGGUUGUUCUUUUUCUUCGAUCCGGAAACAGGCUACCUAUCGUGAACAGAGGACCUUUCAUUAUCGCUUCAUCUUGCUUUCUAUUACUUUGCAGAAUUCUCAUCUUAAUGGAGGUUUUAGUCUGGGUGACGUUAGAGCGAGCCGCGAGGUAAGCGUUAGUUUAACAUACAAAUGUCGUGAAACUAAUAACUUGGGUAACUUGUUCUCGUCUUACUCUUAUAUCUGGGGAUAUGGUAAUUUUUUUACCCUGAAAAUGCAGUGCAGCCACCCAAUAGCGUCAAAACAAAGAUGGCAAUUUUAGAGAUAGGGGUAUUUAGUUGGAAAGAAUAAGAUAAUACACGUAAUAAUUGUUCUUUUUUUUUCCUUAGGCUCUACCGAUGAAGAAUUCUUUCAGUGUUGAUGAUGUCAGACUAGGCGAGGUAACUUUCCGACAACAAACAAAACGAAACCUUGUUAUUUUUUUUAAAAAGAGCUCGACUUUAAUGUUUUUUUUUUUAAUUGUCAAACAUAAAACACCACAAUAUAGCCGGGAAGGGUUUUCUACGGUUUAAACAUCGGUGCAAAUUUCUUGGAACAAAUAAAGCUUUUGCAUGAGAAAAUAGCUCAACUCCCACAGGACUAGUUUGGUACACCAAAAUGGCCACCGUGUCAUUGUUUUGGAACAACAAUAUGGCCGCCUUGACGACAGGUGAAAACGCUCUGUAUGUAGUUCACUUGAACAACCUCAUGGGAGAAAAUCUGUGGCUUAAACAUAGCAUUGCUAGUAAUGACCAUCAUAUUGAUAAUGAUGAACACGACUAUGACGAAGAUGAUGAUAAUGGCGAUACUAAAAUUGAAAAGUUUUGUAGUUUCCUGCAUGUGUUUGUUCAGCCUUAAAUUUACAGAGUAUAUCAUUCUAACAUUAAACUUGGCCUUUUGCUGUUUUUAAUAGUUCAAACAUCCAAUAUUGUAAUUUUAUCAAUUCGUUUGGGUAAAAUGACGAAUAUUUACAAUAAUUAUCUUGUGUUUAUAAUAAAUGCUUUUUAAUUAUCAUUUUGUUUGCAGGCAAUGCAGGGAACGUAUCCACCUCAGUCCGUCACUCAUUUAAUUGAUGGCGUAGAAGAACAUGUCUCAAACCUCUGAUGUUACAAAAGCAAGGCAUUUCAGACAGGGAAGGAACACAACAUUCAUUUAAAGACCAGGACAUUGACAGGGAAAAUGCAUGGCGCAUCUCUCUUGUUGCCUUCAUAAUAAUUGUAAUAAAUUAUUAUUAUUAUUAAUAGCUAAGUAGUACAUAUUUCGACAUUUUUUUCAUCUUUCGUCGAAAGACCAACAUUUCUUUUCGACUGAUGAAUUGUCAAUGAAAGCUACAUGUAUUAAUAAUUGAACAUCAUGAACCACAUUGUGACCCAAACAAUCGAAAAACUAAGAAAAAAAGUAAUGCUUGCUCUUUCAAGCAGGGCUGUUUGUUCUUAUUUAGUUAUUUGAAAAGACAACUGGAGAUUUUUAUACUAAACGAGAAAAACGAAUUAUUAUUUAGUUAGGAUAUUUUUACUAGAUUUAGAGUCACGUUUAGGACAAACGGCAAACUCACGUGACCAACUUUCCCCUUUUAACUUGUGCUUUACUCUUAAUUUCUUCUACCCAGAAUUAGUAGCUUCACAUUACUUUUGUCUAUAGCAAAUGUAUUGGACUGUUUUUAGCUGUACAUUUUUUAAUUUGGGAAAUUCUGAACUUAAAUUUGACAUUUGCCUCUUGCCGUAUAUGUCACUCUAAAUGUCUGUAAUGCGGACAGCAACAGAUGGAGAUUGCUCAGUGGAUGUACAUUUCGGAAUUCUCAAGGGAACUGGGUUCUUGAAUACGUUUCAGAGAUUUUGCUCUACUGAAGUUACUUGUGUACUGUAUAAACUAUAAUUGUAAUUAUCAUCAAUUUUACGAAUAUCAAGGUCUAUAUCAUGGAGAUGUUAAGGCUGUCCAAUGUCGUAUCAUUAUUAAAGUAAUGAAGGGUAAAUUUGAAGAAUAUUGGAUAUUAAUUUAAAUAUUUUUAUAGUUAAUAUUUUCAACAAGAUCGUAUUUUUAUAUUUAAAGCACAAUUGUAUUUGUAUCAGUAAAGUUUAUUUAUGAAGAUCCGUUGAAG